CGUGUCCACGUCAGGUAUAAAAGAGGGUGGCGAGGCGGGGCUGACGGAUCGCACCACAGACACUUUGAACCCGGUUCAGAAAUCGAUAUUUCAAAAAAGAUGCGAGUUCUAGACACAAAGGCUGAGUUUGACCAGAUCCUGGCGGGGAGUCCAGGCAAACUGAUCGUGGUGGACUUCUAUGCGACAUGGUGUGGCCCGUGUGUAAAAAUUGCGCCUAUCCUUAAGUCAUUGUCGGAGAAAUACUUCCAAGUUAUGUUUUUCAAGGUAGACGUGGACAACAAUUCGGAAACGUCAAAGGCUUGCUGUAUUUCGUGUAUGCCGACGUUCAAGUUCUACAAAAACGGACAAGAGGUCGACAAACUGGAAGGUGCUGACGAGGAGGCCCUUGAGGACAAGAUACGCAGCAAUAUGAAAUGAUCGUUUCCAUGAUCUAUUUCAUGUUUGUGGAAAGCAGACAACAAACACCAAGGAAUAUGUGCCUGCAACCAGUGUGCGAAAUAGUCACU